GUCUUUCGUGUCCCUUUCAAAUCGAAGGCAGGUAUAUCUUGAGAGGUUCGCUCGUGAGCUAAACUCAAAUUCUGACUGGUUCAUGUAUUCCUGAAUUAUGGAUAGCUACUGGCCUUCCACUAUCAUAAUCAUCAGCAUCAUUCUAGUACCAAGUACCAAUCGACAAAUCGACGCCACUUCGCAACCAUUCGUUCGCCUUCGCUUCCCAGUUCCCCUGUUCGCCGGAAUAGAUUGGGACGUCGGGGACGGGUCAACUGAUGAGCCAAAUUUUUCGGCAUUCGUCGUUAAAACAACCGCACUCGCAGUGAUACUCGUUAAUUACCCUGGUUGCGGUUUGCGGUUAUUAUGGUUAUGGUUAGUGCAGCGAACUAGUUCAAAUGACGCGGUCGAGUCGAGCAUCGACAGCGAGUUAAAAAACCAUACGAGGCGAGACAGGGCGAAGAGGCGAGGAGCAGUCGCACGCGGCGUACGUGUCAAAGUCCAUGUACGCGAUCUACUUGUGUCUUAUACUCGUCUCGUCUGCGAGCUUGUGUGAGUACAUAACCCUGUAUAUUUAGUGUUAAUCGUGCAUAUGUGAUUGUUGGCUGGUGCUCGCUGGUUUGUCCCCUACGCGACCCCAUGCACGUCCAUAUGAGUAUAUCGCUAUCGCUACACACGAGUAUCAGCAGUUCGACUUCGCGUUCGGGUUCGCGGUAUCCACCAUCAAGGCAUCAACCAUCAUUCCCAUGGUCUCUUGUGCUCUGACUCCGACUUCGAGUACCAGCUUCAGUUUCGGUAGUGCAUGUGUAGUAUCUACAGCUAAGCGGACGUUCAUCUAUUCGUGUAGACGUACUGGCAGCUUGCCUUGCCCUCGCGAUCGUGCUUGAAAAUUUUUGUGAAUCGGCCAUCGUGUCACGUUAUUGUGCUUUUACGAGUAGUAGGUGUCAAUUUGUGAUAUUCGCCGGUUUGCAGUGCCCCUUUUGCAGAUACACCGUUUCGUGUUUGGGUUAGACUUGCGAUUUGCAUCCAGCUCAAAGGCUAGUUGUCUCGUAAUUUGGCCAAAUUUGGAUUGCGAAAGCCAACCUGUGUUCGGAUUCAGGAAGCGAUAAUUGUUACUCGAAGCAAUCGAAGCAUCAUGACGAACCAAAAAUUGUCAGAAGAUAGUUUGCCCCCCGCACCACCGCCUCCUCCGAUGCCAUUGUUGGGUAAUUGCCCUCAUCAAAAUGCUGAAAAUUCCAAGAAAUCGGUCGCAGCCAACCAAUCUGAACAUGUUACCUAUAAAGCCGACUUAUUGUUCCAUCUUACCAGCUUUACUCGUUGGUGCUUGGAUGUGUUGAGUGCGACGUUGCAGAGAAUCAAAAAAUCAAACACUUUCAGAGUCGUUAGGGGCACUUCGCAGCCCGUUCACGUCCUGUCCAUUAUACUGGUGGCAAUUCUAUCAGCGGUUUGCUUUCCACUAGAACGUAAACAGAGUAACUUAUUGGCGUCCAGAUUUACUUAUUUAACGUAUUUCACCGCUUUCUCGUUGCACGUCGGAUCCCAGUUUUGGAUGACCUUUGUUUCUGGAUUAUCGUUGUACUUCAAUUUAGCUCGUCAUGCGUUCGGAGACGUUCAAAAAAUCCUUUUCCCUCGAUAUUUCACCCUAAACUGCACAUUGAGCGCUGUCACAGCCAUACAGUUCGCUAGAUUGUACACUUUUGCUCAAAAUAACGAUUUCCAUACCUUUCUACAACUGAUCACAUUGACCUUGUGCUUCGCAGUCGAAUUCUCCAUUCGUGUAUUCCUGGUUCCGUCCGUACUUGAAUUAAUUUCCUCGAAAACAACGAUCGAAAAAGCCGCCGGAAUCGGUCAAGAAAUCGGACACUACGAAUUAGGGCCUUUAUUAAAAUGCCCUCACUAUAUGUCCCUUCAUCGAUCAUUUCGUAAAGUUCACAUGUACACGGCGAUCGGAAACAUCGUGGCCAUAAUGUGUUCAGCGUUUCAUUUGUACUUUCUCGCUUACAAGUACACCGAUAAAUUAGUCAUUUAAAAUACCUAUUAACUCAAUUUACCUAUCUACUUUCCUGCCUAAUUUCUCAUUUUGUCUUUUUCAUAUAUUCUACUCAUCUAGCUCAAUUUUAUCUUAGAGCAUUUCAAUUUCGGCAGCUUAUUGUACCUUACCUACUCCUAUACUUGAUUCUACCUACACUAUGAUAGGUAUCGUAUCGUAUAGUGUAGUUCGUGGUAUAGUAUCGUUGCCAAAAAAAACACCAAACAGUAUUAAGAGGGCGCUCUACGUAUUGAACUUUUAAAAAACACAACGUUUUGACAACUCUCCAAUCAAUUGGUCAAUUCUCCAAUAAAAAUGUAUAUUAUUUGAGGUGUUGAAUGGUUUCAUUCGCUUGAACAAACUAAAAAUUUAAAUAUUUUGAACCUCCCCCCCCCCUCAAAAAAAUAAUUCGAAACUGAAUCCCUUCGCUAAUCAGGGAUUUGCCUUGCACUUUUCAGAUAUCUAAGCUUGUUGGAAAAACGCAGUAUUUACUUAGAGCUUCCUCUUGAGUAUAUUUUGUAGAGCUAGAUUACAUUAUUUAUUUUACUGCGCAUAGCUGCAGCAAAUAUGGUAGCUAAUUAGCCACCAUAUACGUUUGUGUGAACCGCUUUCACGGACUUUUUGAUAAUUAAAUUUUUUCCCAAGCGGCACUUAAAAUAUGGUACUGCUUCGUUUGAUAACGCCGUCGCGUCAACAUCAACGUCACUUUAUUUGUUAUCUUUGUCUCGCUAAUUAGUUGAUAAUUAUUCGUUUUUAUGCAUCGAUACUAAUCAACACGAGUAUUGGGUGUCUUUUGAAAACAUUAUCGAAAUCAAAAGUAUGUUCAUAAAUUUUUAGCCUGAUUUUCUUAAGAACAAAGGAUCACUCACAAAAUUUGUUUGGAGGCUCCAAAAUCCCAUUUCCAUCAAUAUUUGGUACGUUCAUGUCCAAUCCGUUUUUUUCUUUAAAAAAAAAAAAAAUUAUUCAUGUUUUGUCAGACUAUAAAAACAUUUUAGCCGGAGGAAUUUCAACGAAAUUCGCAGAAAUUUGGUACCUAUUUAGGCUUGGUUUAACGUUGGAUUGAAAGGGUUUGAGUGGGUAUAACCUUGACCCAAAAUUCGCUAUGCCCACAUUCAGGACUCAAUUUCCCCCCCCCCAAAAAAUGAUUUUAUGCACCAAAAGACCUUGAGAAGUGACCAAAAAGCCCCCCCAAAAAAAACAUUGCAAAUUGAAGUGUCCUAGUUUUUAAUUUUGAAAUGUAUUAGAACUUUUUGGCUAAAAAACGAGACUUUUGGGCAAUUUUGUGCAAUAAAUAAACACAAAAUAAUUUUAUUUAAACAAAAAAAGCUUGAAAAAGUCACCAAAGAAUCCCCCCCCCCCCGUGACCAUGAUUAAAAAAACGGAAAUUUUUGACUACAAAAUGAGAAUUUCUGUAAUUUCUGGUCUGACAAAAAACGAAAUUUUUGGGUAAUUUCUGGAAGAAAACGAUAUUUUUUGGAAUUUUUUUUCAACAAACGACGUUUUUUUUGGCAAUUUUUAUAAGUAAAAAAAUUAAGGAUUUUUGUCAAUUUUUGAAACAGCGAGAAUUUUUGACGAUUUUUGAUAAAAAGAAAAAUUUGACAAUUUGAGUAGAUAACUGAUUGAAGAAAAAUUACAUGCUUAAUUUUGGGUCAUUUUCGAAAAUAAGGACUUGAGCAAUUUAGCUGAAGAGCGAGACAGUUUUAUUUGAAAUUUUUUUUUCAAUUUUUACUCAAAAAGCGACGCUAAAAGCAAAACUUGUACAAUUUUUGAAAAAGAAAGGCUUUUUGAAAAUUUCUGACUGAUAAUGAAAAACUUUGAAGGGAAUUUUUGGGAAAAAACGAUACUUUUCGUAAUUUUUUGCAAAAAGUUGCUGUAAUAGCUACCUAUUUUACGAAAAAAAUAAUACUUAACUGAGGAUAUCUGUUAAUUUAUAAAAAACGAUAAUUUUCCACAAUUUUGGGCAAAAAAAAAACAAAAAAGAUAAUUUUAGUAGAAAUUGGCAAAAACGACAAGUUUGAGUAAUUUUUGCAAAAUGUGAAGACUUUUCAGCAAUUUUGAUGGAAAGCAAGAAUUUUAGGGAAUUAUUUGACAGAAAAAUGAUUUUUUUUUUGUACUUUUCACCAAAAAUGAGACAAACAGCAAAACUUGUACAUUUUUUGCAAAGGAAAAGGCUUUCAGGAAAUUUCUGACAGAAAAGAAAAACAUUGGAAACAUUUUUGGAAAAAGUGAUACUUUUUGGAAUUUUUUGCAAAUAAUUUUUUUUAGCAAUUGUGCGAUUAAUGAUUGAGGAUUUGUGUUAUAAUAUUUGUGAAAAACGAUUUUCCACGAUUUUUGGCGAUAAUUUUAGCAAAAAGCAGCAAUUUUUGGAAAUUAUUGGCGAAAAAUACAUUUUUUUGUGCAAAAAGUGUGACUUUUUUACAACUUCUUUUUGUUAAAAAACCAGAGUUUGAGGUAAUUUUUGUCAAAUUUGGAGUAAAAGAGCAUGACUUCAAUUUUGCUAAAAAGCGAGUAGGCCCAUUUUUUGAAUUUUUGACUAAAAGCGAGAUUUUGACAAUUUUAUCAAAAAGCAGAACUUUUUGACAAUAUGCAAAAAAAUUAUAUGUGCCUCUUUUUUUGCAAUUUUUGUUGAAAAAGGGCAACUUUCCGGCAAUUUUCUCAAAAAAAAAAAAAAAAAUUCUGAAUAAGUAAAUUUGUAGAUUUUGGAAAUUUUUUAACGACAUAAAAGUGGAUUCUCGUGUCUUUUUCAACAAUUUUUAAUUUUCGGUUAUCAUUGGAGCCUCUCCAAAUUAACCUGGAGGGCUUAAAUUUGAAAUUUUCGACUUUCCAAACCCUCCUCACCCUUUUUAAUCAUUUAUUCUACACGCAUUUCAAAUUCGGUGCUAAAAAAUCUUACUCGGCGGACUCAUUUCGUGCCUGAUUCAGCUGAUUAGCGAGACAAACGAAACCUGCUAUUCGAAAAAUAGGUAGGAAGUAAAUAUAUUGGCCUACACUUACGAGUAUUUUCAUUAUACCUAUUUACCCGGUGUCUUAUUUUAUAAUUACUACUUAUUGCAUUUUGCAUCUAACGUAAUCAAACCUUAUAAAAUUACUGGCAUAGCUUUUAUCGCCAAUACAUUCGAGUAUUAUUAUCAUUGUUGUUGUUUGUUUUUUUUUCUUCUCAUUCGUGUUAACGUGUUAUUUGUGUUCGUGUAUUGUAUCCUUACUAUUGAUAGUGUGUCUGUGCAAACUCCUGUAUGCUGCUGAGGAUCAGUUGGUGAAUUAUUAUAUUUCCAUUCCUUUUACUUUCUAUCCCCUUGUGUCGUUAUUGUUUCGUUACCUAUUCUGAUUAUAUAAGUGUAUCGUUUUCGAUCGGUUGAAACUGAAAUUUUAGUCCGUAUCAUCGCAAAUCUUGUAUAUUCUAUGUUACUUUCGGACUACCUACUCGUAGAUUAUAAUAAGCCAAUGGCGAGUGAUUUCUUUAGUUUUAACUGACGACUUUCAAAAGCGUGUGAUAUUUAAGUUUAUAUUAAUGAAUGUGUUGUAUGUGAAUUGUGAGUGUGUGUUUGUGAGAUUGUUGUUGGUGUACAUAAUGUGUGUGUGUGUACCUUUUACAAAAUAAGUAAAAAUAUGUACCUAUUUUGUAUAUUUUCGAUAGGUUGCGAACCUCUCGCCGUCUCGUCAGUAUUAUUUAACAUAUUUUCGUCAAUUUUUAUCAUGUAGGUAUGUACUCUAGAUGAUGACUGAUGAGAUGAAUCUGCCAUUUGUAGGCACUGCUAAAGGUACCUAGCUUAUUAGUUAAUUAUGUACGCAUAACAUGUAUCUGCAUCGUAUCGGCGCUUCCUGUACCUACUUUUUUAAGAUGUACUUUUCGUGUUUCAAUGUUUAAUAAUAUAAGGUCAACUUUUUUGUA